AUGGCAAAUGAACCAACCACGAUGGAGAAAGCGCAAGGGAAAGCAAUGGAGAUUGAAGCCAAACUUAAAGAUCAAUAUAGACGAAGGAACUUAUAUCAAUCAUCGACAAAACCAAAUCUACGAUCAAUGGAUAUGAGGAGGCCGAACAUGACUACGUUUAGACCCAUGACUAAACCAAUUGAGAGACGAGAUCUACCGCAACACGGCACACCUCUCGCUGAGAGACAGAAGAUGAAACGUUUUAAAUGCGGGCAGACGGGACAUCUGGCAAGCCGAUGCCAGGAUUUUCAGACGCGCCAGCAGGGAAAGCUACCACCUCACAAAAUAAACAGGACGGACACGGGACAUCUGGCAAGCCGAUGCCAGGAUUUUCAAACGCGCCAGCAGAGAAAGCUACCACCCCACAAAAUAAACAGGACGGCCGUACAACCACCGGCAGAGGAAAGGACUGUGAAAGAAGCAGAAUCAACAGAUAUAUCCGCUGAACUUCGAUAG